AUGAGUCUCCUGGGGCGGGUAGCUGUGCAUCGUGCCAGGAAAGCCGCCCUGCUCUGUGUAGUCUUCCUGAUGGCGCGAGCGUGGAGCAGCGCCUCCCUGGCCUUGGCAGGGGCGGCGGUAUCUCAAGGACCCCAGGGCUGUCCACCGCAGUGUUCCUGCAGUAAUCAGCAGGGGAAGGUGGUGUGCACCCGACGUGGCCUCACUCGUGUGCCCCCCGGCAUUCCUGCCAACACGCGACACCUCAAUCUAAUGGAAAACGCCAUCGAGGCGGUGCAGGCUGACUCCUUUCGCCACCUGCACCACCUUGAGGUGCUCCAGCUUGGGCGAAAUGCCAUACGCCAGAUUGAGGUGGGCGCGUUUAAUGGACUAACCAGCCUCAACACACUGGAGUUGUUUGACAACCGGUUGACAGUGGUGCCCAGUGGGGCCUUUGAGUACCUGUCUAAAUUAAGAGAACUGUGGUUGAGGAACAACCCCAUUGAGAGUAUUCCCUCCUACGCCUUCAACCGGGUGCCCUCCCUCAUGCGACUGGACUUGGGAGAGUUAAGGAAACUGGAGUACAUCUCAGAAGGAGCUUUUGAGGGCCUACAAAACCUCAAGUACCUCAACCUGGGCAUGUGCAACAUAAAGGGUGAUAUGCCAAACCUGAGUCCUCUCAAGGGCCUGGAAGAGCUGGAGAUAUCUGAAAAUAAUUUCCCAGAGAUUAAGCCAAGCUCCUUCAAAGGCCUGCGCUCUCUGAAAAAGCUAUGGGUGAUGAACUCUCAGAUCACAGUAAUAGAGCGCAAUGCCUUUGACGACCUAUCUUCACUGGUGGAGCUUAAUCUUGCCCACAAUAAUCUGAGCGCUGUGCCACAUGAUCUGUUCUCCCCGCUCAGGUACCUGGUGGAGCUCCAUCUCCACCAUAACCCUUGGAACUGUGGCUGUGAGGCUGUAUGGUUAGCACGCUGGCUAAGAGAGUAUAUCCCUAGCAACUCUACUUGCUGUGGACGCUGUCACUCACCUGCCAGCAUGAGAGGUCGUCAGCUUGUUGAGGUGGACCGAGGUGAGGGAGCUGCAACCCAGUGUUCUGCCCCAUUCAUUGCUGAUGCACCAAGGGACUUGAACAUCUCAGCAGGACGAGUGGCUGAACUUCGCUGCCGCACAGCCCCAAUGUCUUCAGUACGCUGGCUCCUACCCAAUGGGACUAUCCUGACACAUGCCUCUAGUCAUCUGAGAAUAUCAGUCCUCAAUGAUGGUACCCUUAAUUUCUCAAAUGUCCUGGCAGCAGACACUGGCACCUAUACCUGCAUGGUGUCCAAUGCAGCCGGGAACUCUAAUGCCUCGGCCUACCUCAAUGUGAGUGCACCUGAGCUUAAUACAUCCAACUUGAGUUACUUUACCACGGUGACUGUGGAGGUCUUGGGGCCAACCACAGAGAUGCCAAAACCUAAAACGACCACAACCACAGCUGCUGCUGCAGGGGCUGGAGUGGCUGGAGGAGGAGGGGUAGGCCAAGGGACAACAACCACAACUGCCUCUCCUUCCGUCUUUCAGCCAGUCUUCAUCUCCACACCAACUGUGUUGUUGCAAAGCACUGACAGCCCACCAGGUGCAGCCAAGCCAUCUGUGGUGCCAGCAGUCAAAGGUGCCACUGGAAAGCCCGGCAAAUCUGGCCCAAGUCUGGAUGAAAUGAUGAAAACUACCAAGAUAAUAAUAGGUUGCUUUGUGGCAGUUACAAUGCUGGCUGCUGUCAUGCUUGUCGCCUUCUACAAACUGAGGAAGCGCCACCAGCAGAGGAGCACAGUGGCAGCUGCCCGUACUGUGGAGAUUAUCCAGGUGGAUGAGGAGGACCUUCCACCACCAGCGUCUGCAGCUCAAGAGGCGGCUCUUUCAUUGCCUGAAAUCCGGGACCAUAACAGCAUACACAAACUGGACUUUAUCAGCCACAAGACUGACUACAGCUUUCACAAACCCAAGGCCGAAUACAAACCCCAGCCUGAUUUCACCCUUCACAAGCCGAAGGCUGAGUAUACCACAUAUAAGCCAAAUAUGGACUUCAGUAGCCACAAAUCCAUGCCAGACUACAGCACUCACAAAUCUACACCAGAUUUUAGCCUUCAUAGACCAAAGCCUGACUUCAGCCCAUUUAGACAGGACUUUAACACUCACAAACCUAAAGCGGAAUACAGCCCAUUCAAACCGGACUUUGGCACCCACCCAAAAACUAGAACGGACUACAGCCCUUUCAAACCAGAUUACAGCACUCAUCCCAGACAGAAACCUGACUUCAGCCCAUUCAAACGGGAUUACAGCACUCACCCGAGACCUAAACCUGAUUACAGCCCUUAUAAGCCUGACUAUAGCACUCAGCCUAAACCCAAAAUGGACUACAGUGCCCAGAGAUCUAAACCUGACAGUACCUACAAACCCAAGGACCCUUACGCCACCCACAAAACUACAACUGAUUACAUCGCCUUCAAGACCGACUUCAGCCCUCACAAAGCGGAUUACAGCGCCUUUAAGUCUGAUUUUAGUCCCCACACUCAGAGACCUAAACUUGAUUACAGUCCGCACAAAGUGGACUACAGCCCCCAUAAAGUGGACUACAGCACUCUAAAGCCCAAAUAUAACACCUAUAAACCAACUGGCCAUGGGGCUAAAUGGACAGACAACAAUGUUGGGAACUCUCUGCCUCGAACCUUGCCCAGCACCAUCACAGCAAUGGCUGAGCCCUUUGUCAUAAAAACUCACACCAAGGAGAAGGUACAGGAGACUCAGAUUUAA